UUGAUAAUCCAUAUUCUGAAGCAAAGAAAUGGAUGGAGUUUGUAAAGAGUUAGAUGAAGUUAAGGAAGAGUUGAAAAGGUUUAAGGAAGAAUGCCGGACUAAAAGCGAGCUGUGUGAGAGCUUGAGGAAGGUUCACAAUGAACAACUAAUUAAAUUUCAAGAAGCAAAGUUGCAGAUUGAGAAACGGGCCGGAGAAAUAAACGCCAAGUCCCAGGAGAUAUCUAAUACGAGGCAAAAGAAUGAGGAUCUCCAAUCCAGUUUGCGUGAAAAAGAAUCAUUUCUUAGGCACCUAAGUUCUGCAAAUGAAAAACUUCGAGUUGAUUAUGGUGAGAAAAUUCAAAUAUUGGAGGGAGAAAACAGAGAGCUGGUGUUGGCUUUAGAUGAUGCAACUGCAAGAACCCAAGAUCUGGAUAGUAAGAUUUCUUCUGCCAAUGAGGAGAUUGAAGGUCUCAAAAGACUCUUAUCAGUUUCACAGAAAAAGUGUGUUGAAGCACAGCAGAAAGCCCAGGCAUCCAAAGAGCUAGAACAGAGAGAUGAUAUGUUACUGAAACUGGAAGAGGAAAAUAGUAGUUUUCAAGAUCGUUUGAAGUGGAGAAAUGAACAGUUUAAACAUCUUGAAGAUGCUCAUGAAAGGCUUCAAGACCAGUUCCAGUCAAGCAAGGUGGAAUGGGAGAGUAAGAAAUCAAUGCUGCUUGAAGAGAUAUGUUCACUGCAUUCAAGCCUGGAUUCUCAAACAAGAAUCUCAGAGAGCCUUACUAUGCGGUUAAAGAUGUGCAACCAAGCCCUAGCUCAUGAAGAAAGCAGAAGAAAAUUUCUUGAAGUUGAAGUGUCUGAAUAUAGAUCACGCUUGGAGGAUGUUUUCCUAGAGUUUGAAGAAGCAAAAUUGAAGAUUGAAAGCAUGACUCUUGAGAAAGACAAUGACAUUGCAAAAUUAAGAAACUCACUGGGAACCAAAGACAUGCUUUUCAAGGAAAUGGAAUACAGAAAUUCAAACCUGCAGCAAGAAAAUCAGGAAUUGCGGGAGUGUCUUAAAGAAUUUCGAGAGGCUCAAAUCACCAAUGCUGGAGCUACAUCUUCGUCAAAGAAGCUGCAAAAGAAGCUUCAAGGAUUGGAGCAGUUGUUCAAAGAAAAAGAAGCUGAAUGGAAUUCUCAGUUGAAAAAGUUGACAAGAGAUUUGAAUAUGUUUAUAUCUGAAUUGAAGGGUAAAGAUAAAAACAUACAGGAACUCCAGAUGGAGUUGGAAGGUUGCCAUUGUUCACUGGAGGUUCAGAAUGAAGAGAUUUCUCUGAUAAUUAUGGUAUUGAAAUCUGAAUUUUCUGCUGCUUGUUCAAAGCUGUCCAAUGUGAUUGCUGAACUUCAGCUCUGCAACAAAGCAAAUGAAGAGAUCUUACUAGUAACAGAGCAAUUGCAGAUAAAGGACAGUGCUUCAAAAAAAAUUUAUGUCGAUCUUGAGCAGGAAGGUGAGCAAGUAUCAUCUCUAAUUGAGGAGGACGAGUCCUUCAAUCUAAAGAAAGAGCAGAAAAUUUUUGUGGAGGAAGAACUUGCAUGGCAUAAGAAGAUGCUUGAUGAAUCAUCUGAAUCUCAACUUUGCUUAAAAGAAAAAGUUCUGCAGAUGGAAAAUUCCCUGAAAGAGGAGAACAGAAACUUUUCUGAUGCUUUGGGAGAAGUAAAUUCUGAAUUGGCCAAGAAAAUUCAACAAGUCAAUCAAACGGAACUUGAACUGCAAAAAUGGAAAUCCAUUGCAGAAAACCUUGAAGAAAGCCAGAAAGUCCUUAAGCAAGAAAAAGAGAACCUUCUUGGCAUUGUAAAGGAGAUGGAUAAAACAAUAUUUGAGUUCCAGCAGAAGAUUGUUUCACUUGAAUUGUUGGUUGCUUCGAAAUUUGAUGAAGUCGAAGCCUUCAGGCAAGAGAAAGAAAACUACCUCCUUAUUGCACAUGACAAGGAUAGUAGUAUAGAAAAUCUUCAGAAAGAGAAGGAAGAAGCAAAGAAUCUGAAGAAGAUAGAGAUAGAAGAGAAGAAUAGGACAAUUGCUGAAUUGGAAAAGACAGCUAAUGAAUCACUUCAGAAACUGAUAUACCUUGAGGAACAGUUGUCUCAUUCGGAACAACAGGCAGAGCAACUUGAAGCUUUACUGGAAGCUGACAGGUUUGAAAAAGAGAAAUUGAAGGAUUAUUCUGGAACUGAGCAGAGGCGCUUGGAAGGCCAAGUUAAAGAGCUUAAGAAGAAGCUGUCAUUGGAAAGGGAAGAUUUACUGCUUCAACUUGAUGGAAUUUGUGACCAGUUCAGUCAAUUUUCCCGCGAAGGUGUUGAACUGAAGGGAAGUUUAGCGAAAAUACUGCAAAACUGUGAGAAGAACGAAUCAGCAAGGAAUUUGAUUGGGAGUGGCAAGCUCCACAAUUCAGCCAGUGAAAUUGUUGUAUACACAACGCUCUCCCCCUCAUCAAAGGGGAUUGAAGACAGUAUCGAGUCUAUUGACAAAAGAUCACCAUUGAAAGAGUUCAACCGUUUGGAGCUCUAAUUGAGAGUGGAAUAUGUGUUCUUUUUAGAAAAUGUCACCAGGUAGGUAAAUCCAUUAAUUCAGGACUUGUUUGAGAAUUGAGAAUUUUGCAAGUGUAGAUGUAGCAGAAUAGUGUCUUGAUUUGUCUGUAUCUAUUCUUGGGUACUGACAGAUUUUGAACUUGUACCAGCUUAGCUUAGCUAUAAUUGGUAACAGCAGAUGCAUCAUUCCACAGAUUGAAGUUUAUGCUUCUG